CAUCUUCAAAUAUUGACAAAGACCACAGUGUAUGAAGAGGAGCAGAAGAAAUAUUUGUCAGGAAUAAAAUAUAAAAGCAAAGCCAAGGAAAAUAUCUGAGUAUUGUGAUAAAUGAUGCAAGAUGAACUCAAGGAUAGAUGUGAAACAAAGUCGAAAAAUAUUGAUUUUCCUAAUGACAUAGAGAAAGAAAAAACAUUAAAUCACUCUGAUAUCUCUGGUAAAUCAAUCUCGCAAACUAGUCACUUAAGGAAACAGAAAUACAUUCAUACACGAGAGAAACCACAUCAGUGUGAUAUUUGUGGUAAAUCAUUUUCUCAAAGUAGUCACUUGACUACACACAAACGUAUUCAUACAGGUGAGAAACCAUAUGUCUGUAAUAUCUGUGGUAAAUCUUUCUCUCAAAGUAGUGAAUUAAUUUCUCACACGCACAUUCAUACAGGAGAGAAACCAUAUCAGUGCGAUAUCUGUGGUAAAUCUUUUUCUGUAAGUAAUGCUGUAACUAAACACAAAUAUAUUCAUACUGGAGAGAAACCAUAUCACUGUGAUAUCUGUGGUAAAUCAUUUUCUGGAAGGAGUGAGUUAACUUCCCACAAACGCACUCAUACUGGAGAGAAACCGUUUCAUUGUGAUGUCUGCAGAAAAUCAUUUGCUGCACCAGGUCACUUAACUAAUCAUAGACGUAUUCACACAGGAGAGAAACCAUAUCACUGUAAUAUCUGUGGUAAAACAUUCUCUCAAAGUGGUGACUUAGCUACUCACAAACGUAUUCAUACUGGAGAGAAACCAUAUCACUGUGAUAUCUGUGGUAAAUCAUUCUCUCAAAAUGGUAGCUUAAUUACUCACAAAAGUAUUCAUACAGGAGAAAGGCCAUAUCACUGUGAUAUCUGUGGUAAAUCAUUCUCUGUCAGUAGUCAUAUCAGUAAACACAAACGUAUUCAUACCGGAGAGAAGCCAUAUCACUGUGAUAUUUGUGGUAAAUCAUUCUCUGGACGUAGUGCUAGAACCAAACACAAACGUAUUCAUACAGGAGAAAAGCCAUAUCACUGUGGUAUUUGUGGUAAAUCAUUCUCUGGAAAUGGUGACUUAAAUACUCACAAACGUAUUCAUACAGGUGAGAAGCCUUAUCACUGUGAUAUCUGUGGUAAAAUGUUCUCUGUAAGCAGUGCUGUAACUAAACACAAAUAUAUUCAUACAGGAGAAAAACCAUAUCAUUGUGAUAUAUGUGGUAAAUCAUUCUCUGGAAGUACUAACUUAACUAUUCACAAGCGUAUUCAUACUGGAGAGAAGCCAUAUCACUGUGAUAACUGUGGUAGAUCAUUCUCUCAAAAAUCUCAUUUAACUACACAUGUAUGUAUCAUUAGCUGAAGUUGUAUGGCCUAAGUAAGUGGCUGACACAAUUUAUGAAUCUUUAUCACAUGUUCUUUAAUGUCCCUCCCAUAUGCUGGUAUGGGUUUGAUAUAUUGGUGACAAAAGAUAGCACAUUUUCUCUGUCUUUUGUCAUCUCAGUUUUGAGACCCAAGAUCUUGAGUUCUGACCUUGUUAUUCUUUGUAAAUAUUCUUAAUUACUUGAAAUUGAAAUAAAUGUGGUUUUGCUCUUCAA